AUGAAUAUUGCAGAGAGAUUACAGAGGGAGGCUGAAAAGAAAAAAUUACAGUAAGAAGAAUAGCUGAAGGCAGGCACUAAAGCAAUUAAAGAGAAAUAUGAGGCAGAAUAUUAGGAGAACAAAAAUAAAUUGAGUUAGGAAAUCAAACAAGACAUUAAAUUAAUCUCUCAAUAAUAUCCUAGUUUCUAAAAAUUUGCUCUGUACAAAAUUUAUAAGCAGUUCGAUUUCAAUAGAGAGAUUGCAAAUGAAUUCAUUAGCAUUUAAAUCUAAAAUCAAAAUUAAUAAGACAACGGAGACGAUGAUUGGAUUGAAAUAACAAGCAAAAGAAGAGCACUCAUUCAUAACAUUACCAAGUCAAGUGAAAAUAAUCAAAAACCUAAGAGAUCAUAAUCUGUGACUAAUAAACAUGACUCAGAAUAUUACCCAUAAAGAUAGUCUUCUGAAAAAGAAAAUUAAAGAACUUAAAGAAGAAAUAUUUCUGGAGAUCGAAGAAGAGAAGUUUCUCCACGAAAAUACAACUAUCAAAAUCGAAAAUAUGAAUAAUUUGAUUCCGAUCAAAACAACAUUAAAUAUGAUGGACGCAGAAAACAAUAACUAAAUUAAAAACCUAAAAUACCUUAGCAAAACUCAUUCUAUCCAAAAUACAUCUAUGUACCAAAACACUAAGAUGAUGAUUGUCCUUAUGUGCCUAAAUCAAUAGUUACUUAAACGUAGAAUAUAAUUCAACAAAAAUAAUCAGAAUAAACUUAGAAUGGAUGUGCAUAAUAUAUAGAAACUAUCAAUUAAUUAUCAAACGUAGAUCAAUCUAAAGGCUCAGAAUAACAACAUAACAAAUAAGAUUUUGCUGUUCAAGAUAAAAUUACAUAAGAUUAUAUUAAAAAAUAAGAAGAAUAAUUGAGAUAAGAAAAAUUGAAAUAAGAAUAAUUGAGAUAGGAAUAAUUGAAAUAAUAGUAAUUAAGAUAAGAAUAAUUGAGAUAAGAGUAAUUAAGGUAGGAAUAAUUAAGAUAAGAAAAAUUGAAAUAAGAAUAAUAAAGAUAGGAAUAAUUGAGAUAAGAGUAAUUAAGAUAGGAAUAAUUAAGAUAAGAAUAAUUAAGAUAAGAGUCAAUUAAAUAAGAGUAACUUAAAUAAGAAUAAAUUAAGCAAGAGUAACUAAGGUAAGAAUAGUUAAUGUUAGAAUAAUAAAAAAAUUUAUAAAACUAAUCAUAAUAAUUUAAUUAUUAAAAUCAAUCUCUCUAAUAAGAAUAUUCAUAAUCACAACCUUUUAAUUAACAGCUCAAGAGCUCAAUGUUUGCUCCUUAAUUCUAAAUGGCUCCUCAAUAAGAGAAUUCAAAUAUCAACAAUCAGCCUUCUGUCUAUGAGAUGCUAAUGAGUUAUAUUAAUUACGAAUGAGGAUAAUAUAUAGAUAUUUAAUUAUAUUCAUAAUCAUUCGAUAAA